AUGGCGCAACCACGCACGUUCCCGGUGGGUGUGAUGGCGAUCGUAUGCCUUUUCCUGGCACUGUCGGUUGUUGCUUCGCGCGAAUCAGGGCAUUCCGGGUCAGUGGCGAUCGGCGGUUCGGCGGUACCACUCGAAACGAUGACCACAUCGACGCCGGUGCAUGUAGCGGCGUCAUCGCGACAACAGACCGGUGGUAAUAAUCGGCAUCGUCAAACGAGAGAGACGGUUCCACUUCCUAAACCACCGGCCGGUGGCACUGGUGAGCAGUAUGUUGGUUCAUCGAUCGACCGGGCCGCCACCACAGUACGACGCCGCCGAAUGGAUCCACAAUCGAGAUUGCACAACCAGCUAGCCCUAGGACCCUUGGUCUUUAUGCCUGCCCGUGGUCGUCGGUAUGGAGGCACUGACAAACGCCAAAUCACGAUCGAACAGAUGCUCGAAAAGGGUGACUACUUUGUGCCGAAUCGCGGUAAAAAGGCAGCCUCGUCCAGUGGCGGUGGUGGUGGUGGUGGUGGUGGCGGUGGAGAUGAGGUGGCUCUCAAGAAGAACAAGUUCGAUGUGCUGCUCGGUACCGACGAGUACUUCUUUCCGAAUCGUGGCAAAAAAGAGUACCUGCUGCGGUACGGUAGUGGUCGUUUCCGGCCCCUCCGUCGCACAACUUCAUCUGACAAUGGUGCACAGGCGAUGGGUAGAAUCGGUGGUACUACUACAAUCGGUUCGCACCCGUUGGAGAGCAGACUGCGCCGCAAUUUGCUCGAGAAUCUAGUCAACGAACACAAGGAUACGUUCUUCUCUUCGCGUGGUAAACGACUGCCGCAAGCUUAUGGAUCGGGGGAUGGUGACGAAGCGCUGGUGAAGUUUGAACAACAGUUUGCGGCCAUGGAUGAUUGUGAGUCAUCGGAUGGUUGCGGGAUGGCCAGUGAGCUGCUGGAGCAAAGCGAACCGAACGGUGAACCCGAAGGUUUGCUCGUGGAUGACGACAUACUGUUGCCAAUUCUUUAAGACACACGGCUGCCACAGCCGGAACAGCUACAUAUCAAUGGAUCCAGGGUUCAGAUAAACAGCGAUGCCGGCCAAUGAGUUACUUGCGUAUGCUAAAUGUGUUUUCCAUGAAUUUCUCAAUAGAUGACGGAGCUUAGCGGGGCACCUAGGUGCUCCGAUUUUAUCGAUAGCCGAUAGCAGAGACGACAAAUGCCAGUAAAAGUGGCCAGAAAAGAAACAAAAAAAAAACACAGGAUUAUAAAUUCUAACAUCCCCACUACCCGCGUAAGUAGCACCGCGUAGAGUUCUGUACAUUUUGACCGCUUGUCAUAGGAUCAUCAGCACACGAUGGGCCAAUUUGUGGGGGAUGUGUUUUGUGAAAGAGAGUGCGAGACUUAGUUUAGA